AUGCCUUGUGGGAAAAGUAGUGUUUUAUGUGCCAAAUACUGAAAUACAACAUGGAAGCCUCCACGGGAAGCACACAUGUUUCGGACGCAGAAGAGGACAGCGGCUCGGAUAACGAUUUUGACACUUCACAACUAGGAACGAAGGCAUAUUGGGACGAUGCAUACAAAAGGGAACUGGAAACGUUCAAGGACAUCGGUGACGUUGGUGAGAUAUGGUUUGGUGAGGAAAGCAUGAGCCGUGUGCUAAAAUGGAUGGGCACCGCUAAUAUUCCAGAAGACGCUGCCAUUCUUGACAUUGGCACAGGAAAUGGAGCCUUUUUGGUCGAACUGGCUAAACUUGGAUUCAGGAAUUUAACUGGAAUAGAUUAUUCCACAGCUUCUGUAGAGCUGGCAAAAAGUGUUCUGCAAGCAGAGGACCUAACACAUGUCAAUGUUGAGGAGGUGGACUUCUGUCAAGGGGAGCUUAAGGGUUUCGACGUCUGCAUCGACAAAGGAACGUUUGACGCGAUAAGCCUAAACCCUGACCACACCAGUGAGGUCAAAAAACUUUAUGUACAAGCUUUAAAAGACGCUCUGAAGGACCGGGGGCUCUUCUCUAUCACGUCGUGUAACUGGACUAAAGAACAGCUGCUUGAGCGAUUCAGUGAAGGAUUUGAACUUGUGCAAGAGUUACCCACACCCACUUUCCAGUUUGGAGGCAUGAAGGGCAACAGUGUGACUGCAUUAAUAUUUAAACGACUACAUUAAUUUUUUUUUUACAUGCAUCCGUUUGUGAGUGGGGUUCAAUUCUUUAAAUAAAUGAUUUUUUAAAUUUUUUUAUUAACAGUGCAACUUUGGGUGCAUGAGUUUGAUUCCUAAGCAGGGCCCCAACACCCAGCCAUCAGAGAUGUCCAGUGCCUGUCAGGAAGGGAAUCCGGCGUGCCAACUAAGCCAAAUCGCUCAUGUGAUGAACUUGCUGUGGCCAAAACCCCCCCCAAAAAUUGAUGGUACAACUUUCAGUGAUCAUUUGUGCAACAAGCGGAUGUCAAAAACAGGAAACGAUACGCUCCAGUCAUUAAUGCACACUGUAAACCUCAAGGCGUAUUGGUAAAGGUGUUUUCAUGCCGCAACGUGUUAGCGGUGGGUUUUAUCGUCAAGCUCCUUUCGCUUUCCGAGCUGUUUUAAUGCGACUGUCGAGACUAUCUGACAGCGUUUGUCUUCUGUGUAGCAAGCAAAAGAAGCCAUGUUCACUGACAGACAUUAAUGCGUCCCCGGGGGGAAAGCCAUUCAAGCGGAUUGAUGAAAAACGAGCUGAAACGGCUGAGUAAUGCGUACGCCUGCUGCGGAUCUUUGAUCACGUCAAAAUGUUUUCACAUGGAACCUCUUAGCUCUGAUGAGCUCUUGGCCCCAGUUUGAAGAAAUGUUGGUUUGGAAUCAGGAGAAGAGUCCCACGUCAUGUGGCAUUAAGAGUCUUUCAUUUGUGAACAUAGUCCAUGUGCACCCACUCUCAACACACCCUUUUUUUUUGACUGUUCAAGCACUCAUCAGAGUGUAUUUGUGCUGAUUGCUGAGCCAAACUGUGAUUUUUUUUUUUUUUUGCUUAAGACUGACCCAAAGGAGAAAACGUGUUUCCUGUUUAAAGGAGCUCAUGAGAAAAUGUGCUGUUUUGCAUAAACCUCUUGCUGGAGGAGCAUGUUUCAGGGGAUGUUUUCAACUAAAAAUGGCAAAAUACAGUGUUGUUUUGUCAUUUUCAAGAGAAAACUGUUUUGGCCACUAAAAAGUCAAUCUUUCGAUAAGGCGUUAUUCACCUCCAAACACUGAGAACCGGAUAUGAGGCGCUGCAGAACAUAUGGCAUUGAUUCACACAGAACCUGUAAUGGUAAGGGAAAUGCUUUAGUUUCUUUCAAACAUGUUCAACACAGAACUUUUAACUUGCAGGCCGCACAGUGGCCUCGCAGUCAGGAGAUUGUGGGUUCGCAUGUUCUCCUCGUGCGUUUGUGGGUUCUUUCCAGCUACUCUGGCUUCCUCCCACGUUCCUAAAAUAUGCAUGCCUGUUUGAAUGGAGUCUCUUAACUUGCCCACAGGUGUGAAUGUGAGUGCGUUUGUCUACAGUAUAUGUGCCCUGCGAUUGCCUGGCGACCAGUCCAGGGUGUACACCGCCUCUCAACGAAGACAGCUGGGAUAGGCUCCAGCAUACCCACGACCUUAGCGAGGACAAGCGGUGUAGAAAAUGGAUGGAUCGAUGGACAUUUUCACUUCAUGUCUGGAAAAAGAAGCACAGCUUACUGAAUCCUACCCCUUCCUCUGCUGGGUGUGCUUUCACACAGCAACACUGAAUCCCAUGGUCGCAUCAUGAGAUGCGUGUAUUAAAACUAGUCAGAGUGAUUGAGUUCAACAAAACGGAGCAGGAGAAAUUUGUCCCUGGUGUUAAUUCACGUCUCGGUCCCAGCUUUGUGGGAUAGUCUUACACACAGGUGCUGUCCUGGCUCUGUAACUACCCCCAAAGCUGUAACAUUGCCAUGUCGGCUUUAGUCACCCCAGAUGCAAAAAAACAGGCUGAAAGUGGAAUUUAUCCUGUUGUCUUGUCUAAAAAGUCAAAACAUGCUGCUCUGCUGCUUUGACACAACCCUUAAAGGGAUAUUUGGGUUUUUUGACAUGAAGUUGUAUAACAUCCCCAUCAGCACCCCCCACUUCGUCCCAUGAGCCAAGUUCUGGUCGGAUUUCGGUGACGAGGAACGUAGUUCCAGUUAGUUGCUGCAUUUAUACAUUAAUACAUUUGCAUCACAAAAAUGCCUCCUCGAAAAAAUCAGACCUCAUAAUCGCUUGGCAUUACUUUCUCUCCUGUCGUAUCACUGCGCGCUGCCGCUUGUCCAUUGGUACGUGUUUCACAGCGGAUAAAGAGCGCUGUGACGCGAGCCAGGCGUGUAAACACUGUGGAACACAUCCAAUACCGCUCAAAACACUUCGGUUUCUCUGAAGGAAAACCCUACAUUUAUUACAAGUGUUAAGAUGGUCUGUCUCUCUUCCAUUGUUAAUUCCCUUUUUUCUUGCCAUUUUUUGUAGCAACAUGACUUUCUCCAGUACAAUGCUGUUCACGAGGGUAUAGUAUUGCAGUGUGUUCCCAAUACUGUUUUUAUGCAGACAGAGGAGGUAGUAAGUACUCCUGUAGGAAGGAGUUGCACCAACCACCAAGGCUUGAACCUCCAUUUCUGCACAACAGCUUAACAUUUCCCUGAAACUGUAUCAUUCUGAAAUACUCAUUGUUUUUCACUUUUGGGUAAGCUUACAUUUUCUUUACCCUCUGGCACUUCACCAUUUAACUACAAUUUCAAGGUAUUCAUUGGACUUGAACCACUUGAAUUUCAAUAAAUAACUGAAAAAAUUGGGGUGUCCUAAAACGUUUGACCAGUAGUGUGCACGACAAUGGACAGGCGACAGCGCGCACUCAUACGACGGGAGAGAAAGUGACGCCGAGAGAUCGUGAGGUCUGCUUUUUUGUGACACUCUUUUGAACACAUAUUGUUUUGAGACGCUAAACUCUUUACUUAAGUGGCCCCACCAACAAAUGGGCACUACGUUCCUCACACCGAAAUCCGUACAGAACUCGGCUCACGAGACAAAGCGGGAGAGGGGGAUGGGGAUGUCAUACAACUUCAUAUCAAAACAUCCGAACCAUCCCUUUUUAAAAGCUUUUUUACGUGUUGCUGUUCUCACUUUGAGAUGGGUUUUCAUGUUUUUUUGGUAUCAUAUAAACUGCCCCUCAAGCUCCUGCUUUUGCUAUGGCCCCUUUCACACACCUUGCUCAAGAUGUGGGAUUAAUCCGCCUUUUUUCCUGCUAGAUUUUCUGUGUCUGUGAGCCAGUCCGCCAAUAUUCUACAUUUGGAAGUAGGAACAGAGGCAGGCCACACAUCUUCAGUCUUGCUGUGUAAAAUCUCACAAAGUUGCAGCAAUAUCCCGGCAAUGUUCACUGGGUUCUGUGUAAAAUUCAAAGACAGUUUAUUGUCAGACCCAUUACGUGGUUUCUGUGUAAAAGAAGCUUCUAUCAUUCUCGUUUUACCCCAAGUGCCUGACCCACAGUUCUUGAGGUAGUUAACUGCAACCAUCUGUCAAGUCCAAACGGAAAACAAGCGUCCCAAGCUAACGAGCUAAUCAGGAGGCUUUGGGGUCCUGGGAGUCGUGAUGAAGAGCUGCUGACAUAUUGAAUAAACAAGAGGCCAUCAUAAAGAAGUACUCUGCACUCCUAAUUGGAAGCCAGUGUUCCAAUGGAAGUCACCUCGCCAUGCUGUCGUGCAAACACAUCCAGUUUUUACAAGAACUGGCUGAUUUUUAGUAGAUUUUCAGUGACCUGCUCAGAUGUGCAUAAGAAUAUGCUUUACAACAUUCUGAGAAACGUUCCCAUGAAGGGGAAACGCUGAUCUCAAGCUCAAACGAUUACACCGCCCUUUACGCUUUUUCUUGUGAUUUUAUUGCCAGUUGUUAUUUAUUACGCUCGGUCAUUCCAAUGCAUCCGUCACAUCCUGCUGUGCUGUCAUGCCAAUGCAUCCCGCCAUAAGUCAGGUACGUUAUAAGACCACAAUUUGCUGUCCUGCACAAAAGCCCACAGUCGGCACUUUGGGGUUGGCGCUUGCUGCAAAACGACACUUUUAUUCCGCUUGUAACGUAAGCCUACAAGCGUGUGGACACGGUGCCACGGCCGGCAUGACUACUACGCUUUCAUUUUACGCCAAUAUUUAUGCUGGUUUUUCUUCCUUUCGCUCCUCUGGGUCGAGAGGUGUCUUAAUAGGAUUUUAUGGGGUGGGGGGAUCACUCUAACAUGUUGCCGGGAAGUUUUCCACGGCAGGAGGGCCAGCGCGGAGGUGGAAAGGAAAAGAGAGAUGAUUUUGGAAGAUGUGCUCGGGGAUGACGAUGGAUACUUUACAGCAGGGGUGUCCAAACCUUUUCACAGAGGGCCUCAUACAGAAAAAUUAAGAGACGUGGGGGGCCGCUCUGAUAAAUUUUGUGCAUUAAAGAUGCUAAAAUCAAUCCAAGUAGGUCAAUGUGCUCAGCAAAAAUAUAAACGCAAAGCUUUGGGUUUUGCUGCCAUUUUUCAUGCGCUGAACUCAAACGUUGCGAACCUUUUCUGGGUUGAUAAAAGGCCCGUCUCUCUCGUAUGACAGAGUGUUAGGGACACACUGAAAAACUAAUCUGAGAUUUCAAGAAUAAAGUCGAACAUUUACGAGAAAAAAAGUCAAAAUAUGACCUUUGCCUCAGGCCAAAGGUCACAUAAGUCCUCCUUUUCAUAGCCAUCUCAAGCAAUGCCUGUUAUGACAUCCUAAUGUGUUUGUGCUCAACUGCUGUUUUGUUGCCACGUUAUAAAUAAAAGCUUGCCUGAAGCAAGAGGAGUGUUUCCUUCCUUCCUGAAGAGCUAUGCUCUAUUUUCUCUCUCACAUGUAAUAUUACCACCUUAUUCUCAUACAUUUACGACUUUAUUCUCGUAGUGUUACGACUUUUUACCUCUAGUAAGUGUAUGACUUUAUUCUCCAAAUCUCAGAUUACUAUUAUUUUUUUCAAUGUGGCCCUAAUACGCUGUCGUACUCUCGAUUAUUCUUCUCAAGUCUGUCGAAACUCUUGUUCGCGAGCAUUCAUGGUUCAUGAUGGAUCCACCUCACAGGCGGUGCACAUCAAGAUGCUGAUGAGGCAACAUGAUUAUUGCACAGGUGUGCCUUAGGAGCCCAUCCCAGCUGACUAGUCGCCAGUCAAUCGCAGGGCACAUAUAGACAAACUUUUACUUGUAAUUGAGUCAAAUUACACCAUAGUAUUUUAGUACUCUCCCCGCUUGUGUGUACAUGUAUGGAAAGAAAGUACAAUAAUAAGCCAGUGUGUACUCUAGGUAGUAACAGUAACUGAAUUAGGUCUUACUUUUUACUUGAGUAGAUUUUAGACCUGUAUUUAUACUUCAUGAGUAGUAUUUUAAUACUCUUUCCAAUCUACAAUAUGGCUGAUGUGUGCACUAGGUUUAUGGAUCUCAACUGGUUGUUCGGGACCCAAAAGUGGGUCGCAGAUCCAUUCUGGGUGGGUGACAGACAGCAAGCCAAAAAUGACAUUAAAAUAUGUCAUUUUC